GCUCGCUGCAUAGUUUCUCUCCUUUCUCGCAACCCUCACUUACUCUCCCCCGCGAAAACCAUGUCUGCACCCCAGACCGAGAGCUUUGGCUUCCAGGCCGAGAUCAGCCAGCUGCUCGACCUGAUCAUCAACACCUUCUACUCGAACAAGGAGAUCUUCCUUCGUGAACUCAUCUCCAACGCCUCCGAUGCCCUCGACAAGAUCAGAUACGCGUCGCUCACCGACCCCUCCGUUCUCGACACCGAGAAGGAGCUCUACAUCCGCUUGAUCCCCGACAAGGAGAACAAGACGCUCACCAUCCGCGACACGGGUAUCGGCAUGACCAAGGCCGACAUGGUCAACAACCUUGGUACGAUCGCCAAGUCCGGCACGAAGGGCUUCAUGGAGGCGCUCAGCUCCGGUGCCGAUAUCUCCAUGAUCGGCCAGUUCGGUGUCGGUUUCUACUCGGCGUACCUCGUCGCCGAUCGUGUGCAGGUCAUCUCCAAGCACAACGACGACGAGCAGUACAUUUGGGAGUCCGCUGCUGGCGGCACCUUCACCAUCACCCUCGACACCGUCAACCCGCCCCUCGGCCGUGGUACCGAGAUCCGCCUCCAUCUCAAGGAGGACCAGCUCGAGUACCUUGAGGAGAAGCGCAUCAAGGAGAUCGUGAAGAAGCACUCCGAGUUCAUCUCCUACCCGAUCCAGCUCGUUGUCACGAAGGAGGUCGAGAAGGAGGUCGAGGACGAUGAGGAGGAGGCGAAGGAGGACGAGGAGAAGCCCAAGAUCGAGGAGGUCGAUGAGGAGGAGGAGAAGAAGGACAAGAAGAAGAAGAAGGUCAAGGAGGUCGAGAAGUCCAACGAGGAGCUCAACAAGACGAAGCCCAUCUGGACGCGCAACCCGCAGGAGAUCACCCAGGAGGAGUACGCCGCCUUCUACAAGAGCUUGACGAACGAUUGGGAGGAGCACCUUGCUGUUAAGCACUUCUCCGUCGAGGGUCAGCUCGAGUUCAAGGCCAUCCUCUUCAUCCCCAAGCGCGCGCCCUUCGACCUCUUCGAGUCCAAGAAGAAGCGCAACAACAUCAAGCUCUACGUCCGCCGCGUCUUCAUCAUGGACGACUGCGAGGACCUCAUCCCCGAGUACCUCAACUUCGUCAAGGGCAUCGUCGACUCCGAGGACCUCCCGCUCAACAUCUCCCGCGAGACGCUCCAGCAGAACAAGAUCCUCAAGGUCAUCCGCAAGAACAUCGUGAAGAAGUGCAUGGAGGUCUUCUCCGAGAUCGCCGAGGACAAGGACAACUUUGCCAAGUUCUACGAGGCGUUCGGCAAGAACCUCAAGCUCGGUAUCCACGAGGACGCCCAGAACCGCAGCAAGCUCGCCGAGUUCCUGCGCUUCUACUCGACCAAGUCGCUCGAUGAGCAGACCUCGCUCAAGGACUACAUCACCCGCAUGCCGGAGGUCCAGAAGUCGAUCUACUACCUCACCGGCGAGUCCCUCGCUGCCGUCCGCGACUCCCCCUUCCUCGAGGUCCUCAAGAAGAAGGGCUUCGAGGUCCUCCUCCUCGUCGACCCCAUCGACGAGUACGCCAUCACCCAGCUCAAGGAGUUCGAGGGCCACAAGCUCGUCUGUGUGUCCAAGGAGGGUCUUGAGCUCGAGGAGACCGAGGAGGAGAAGAAGGAGCGCGAGGCUGAGGCCGCCGACUUCAACGAGCUCUGCACCGUUGUCAAGGAGGCGCUCGGCGACAAGGUCGAGAAGGUUGUCGUCUCGAACCGCAUCAACGACUCGCCUUGCGUGCUCGUCACCGGUCAGUUCGGCUGGUCGUCGAACAUGGAGCGUAUCAUGAAGGCGCAGGCCCUCCGCGACUCCUCGAUGUCGUCGUACAUGGCGUCGAAGAAGACGCUUGAGCUCAACCCGAAGAACCCGAUCAUCAAGGAGCUCAAGCGCAAGGUCAAGGAGGACAAGGCGGACAAGUCCGUCCGCGACUUGACCUACCUCCUCUUCGAGACCGCGCUCCUCACCUCCGGCUUCACCCUCGACGAGCCGACAUCGUUCGCCAAGCGCAUCCACCGCAUGAUCUCGCUCGGCCUCGACGUCGACGAGGAGGAGGAGGCCGCUGCCGAGCCGUCGACGUCCGCCGCGCCGGCAGCUGAGGCCGCCUCCACCUCCGCGAUGGAGGAGAUCGACUAAGCGUCUCGCAUACCCUGAUGGACUCGGUGUGUCGCUGUGAGCGCCGCCCUUACACAUGCCAUGGGCGACGGUUUUUCGAGGGCUCUGUGCUGUUUCUUUAUUGCAUUGUUUCAUUUACGUACACUCACGCUUUGCUUGCUGUCAUCUUUGGUCAAUUGCUCUAACUGUAUCAUACAUCACGAAGAAUGCUAAAGAGUAAUCAAUGUACACUGCAUCUUCUUGACUUUUUGCUGCC